GGCCGGGGAAGGAAGGGGCUGAGACGGACAGACCCGCACCGCAUCGCUGGGGAAGGGUCCAGGAUUUAAUCCGAUGUCGAGGUGAAGCUCCUGAAAAGAGAAACUUCUGCUUCCAGGGGCGCCCAAGGAAAUGAGGAUUUUAGCUGGGCCACCACAGAAGCUGCUGCUCCCCACGCCUGAAAGCUGGGAUCUGUCGGAGUCUCCUGGAAAAGCCCCUUGACUGAGGACAACGGGAGCAGGACCUUCACGUCACCGAUGGACUGUGGACACUCGGCUGAGAGCGGCGAGGAGGUCCCCGGCCCGGAACCAGAUUCCCUGCUGCCUUCUGCUGCCGGUGGCAAUUCCUGCCCUCCCUCGGUGGUGGGACCCCGGGCUGGGACAUCUCCCGGCCGACCCGCCGCCGCCAACGCCGCUCGAGAGCGCAGCCGGGUGCAGACCCUGCGCCAUGCCUUCCUCGAGCUGCAGAAGACUCUCCCCUCCGUGCCGCCCGACACCAAGCUCUCCAAGCUGGACGUGCUCCUCCUGGCCACCACCUACAUCGCACACCUCACCCGCAGCCUUCAAGAUGAGGAGGAGGCACCGGGAGAGGGGUUGGGUACCCUCCGAGGGGAUGGAUACCUCCACCCUGUCAAGAAGUGGCCGAUGCGUUCCAGGUUGUACAUCGGAGCUACGGGGCAGUUCCUGACUCACUCGGCACAAGGAGACGGCGCCAACCAAGGAGAAACAUCAACAACUUCCCAAAUCUAAUCGCCCUCCUCGCUUUAAAAAAAAAAAAAAAAGUUAUUUAUUACACCUUAUAUCUAUUUAAGUUAAAAACUAUUAUCUACAGACAAACUAUAAUUGUUGUGUUGCAUGUUACGGGGUUUAAAAUGUGUUUGUUGCCCCCCAAAAACCCACUUGUCCGCUGAAGACACCACGGUUCCUUUCUCUUGUCUUUUAGCAGGUUCAUGCAUUCCAGCAAAUGAGCCCAAAGACUUGGCUUGGUCACGGCACGUUUUUCACUCUAAAAUAUCCACAGUUAGGCAAGAAAAGCUGAAACUAAAUGCACAAAUGCCAUCUGAUGUAUCUGUUCUGUAAAACACUGUC